AUGUACCGCGCGCCGCUCUCACGCGAGCGGGCUCGGCCGGACGGAGACCAGAAGUCGGACACGCCCACCGAACAGUCCCCGCCUAUAGCGUCUGCGGGCAGCCUACCGCCGCAGGCGCAGGGGCCCGUGUUCGUGCAGGAGCCGCCGGCCGCGCUGGACUUCUCCAACUCGACCGGCGGGUUGCUGAGCUGCCAGGCGCAGGGCAGCCCUGCUCCGGAGAUACGCUGGCUGGACGCCAGCUACAAGGAGCUACGCCACCUGUCGCGGCUCAGGGAGGUGCUGGCCAACGGCAGCCUGUUCUUCCCGCCGUUCGCCGCCGACGACUUCAACCCGCAGGUGCACGCCUCGACCUACUACUGCAGGGCCGCCAACCCGGCGGGCAGCAUCGUCAGCCUGGAGAGCAGGGUGCGCGCGGUGGUGUGGCAGCCGUACCAGCCGCAGGUGGACAACGUGUUCGUGAUGCGCGGCAACGUGGCCGUGCUGACGUGCGGCGUGCCCGUGUUCGCGCGCGAGUUCGUGGCCGUGACGGGCUGGCAGCGCGACGAGCGGCCGCGCGGGCGAACCACGCUGCACCCGGGCGGCAGGUACUCCAUGACGAGCUCGGGUUCGCUGCACGUGCACGACACCGUCUCCUCCGACACCUUCGACCAGUUCUACUGCUGGGUCGCCGACAGGCUGACGGGCGAGCGGCGCCUCAGCCUGCCCGGCCAGAUAGUCGUCACAGACCCUGAAGGAGAAAUCCCUCCGCGAAUUGAGCAUUCGAUCCCGAAUGUCCAUGUGAAGGCCGGAGAAACAGCGGACCUCGUGUGUAUCGCCAAAGGAAACCCCCCGCCGUCAUACAGGUGGUACCGCGAGGUGUCGGGCGUGCUGCAGGAGGUGCAGCCCUCCUCGGUGCUGGUGUGGCCGGUGCAGUCGGUGCUGCAGUUCCCGCGCGCCCAGCCGGAGGACGCGGCGCGCUACGUGUGCUCGGCGGGCAGCGCGCUGGGCGAAGACCGGCGCGAGGUGGCGCUGGGCGUCUCGGCGCCGCUGUCGGCGCGGGUGCGGCCCCACCAGCAGGUCGUCGACGUGGGCGCCGCCGCCAGCUUCAGGUGCCACGUGUCGGGCGGCGGCGCGCGCGUAUCCUGGCUGCGGAACGGGCGGCCGGUGGCGCAGGGCGAGCGGACCAGCCUGCUGCAGGGCGCCCAGAUGCUGGUGAUACACUCGGUGCGCAAGGAGGACCGCGGCAUGUACCAGUGCGUGGCGCGCGCCGAGGAGGAGAGCGCGCAGGCGUCCGCGCAGCUCGCCCUCGGAGCCGUGGCCCCGGAGAUGCUGUCCAGCUUCGUGGAGCAGACGCUGCAGCCGGGCCCGCCCGUGACGCUGCGCUGCGUGGCCUCGGGCAGCCCCCCGCCGCAGUUCUCGUGGGCGCUGGACGGGGCCCCGCUGCCGCCCCAAGGCUACCUGGCGGGCAGCUUCGUGCACGCCGCGGGCGACGUCGUCAGCCACCUCAACAUCUCGUCCGUGCGGGUGCAGCACGGCGGCCUGUACACGUGCCUGGCGCGCAACAUCCUGGGGGCCGCGCACCACUCCGCCCCGCUUAACAUCUACGGUCCGCCCACCGCGCGGCCCCCGCAGAACAUCACGGCGGCCGCCGGGGCCGACGCCUACCUGCGGUGCCCCGUGGCGGGCUACCCCAUCAGCAGCGUGGCGUGGAGGAGGGCCCGCGAGGUGCUGCCGGCCCACCCCCGCCAGCGGGUGUUCCCCAAUGGCACGCUCGGCGUGCGGCAGGCGGACGGGGCCGCGGACCGCGGGGAGUACCGCUGCACCGCCACCAGCCCCCAGGGCGAGGUCGCCCAGGGGCGCAUCCACCUCAACAUCAUGAGCUAUCCUGAGAUUAGCAGUAGUGGCGAUGAAGGCGCGUAG